UCUCUGUGCCUCUCUCUCUGUGUCUCCCUCUCCCUCUCUGUGUGCUCGUUCUCCCCUGUGUCUUCUGGACAAUAAUAUUAUCUCCCUGCUACAUAUCACAUCCAUCUUAUUAGUUUGAGUCCAGUCUGAUAACAAUCCAAAACAAACUUCCUCGUCUUUGUUCCUGGGCUGGGGCUGUCAGGGGUAACCGGGUGUAAACGGGCCUUCUCUCCUUCACACGCCAGCAGAUAGGGUUGUUAAGAGCCAAUCUGAUUCAUGGAGUUUGCUUUGUGGCAGAUCUAUAACCCCACACACACACACACACACGCAUGCACAAACUUACACACGUAUGCACAUACACACUCAGAGGCACAUGCACAUACUGUAUAUCAACAAAUACACACAUAUACAUACACUCUGUCUUAGUCAUGCACAUCCCACAGACACACACCUGUAUAUAAGAGAGACGUGAGUUCUCAGGGUGGUGGAACCAUGCUGUCCGUGUUCUGUGUGCUUCUCAGUGGAACGUUACCUCUGGGCCAACGUUCUUGUGAGGUGAGAACCUUUUAUUUCCCCUACGCUACUGUUGUGCUGUUCUAUUGAACCAAGACCAUGUUACUUUCUGAGACUUCUCUUUAUUGUUUGACAGGGGUCUUAUGUUUAUCAACCAGUGGGAAUACAAGACAGACAUGGCAUAGUACACAGCUAAUGUGAAUAUAAAUAUUUAUCAAUCAGAUUAAAUCAAUUACUUGAUCUUGAAGGACUAAUUGCAUAAUAAAUCCUAGACUUGUCGCGCUGUAAACAUGCAUUGAUUGCACACAGUGACAUUCUCUAUUUGAGCACAGUGUGUGAGUUUUUAAUUGUGUAAGUGUAUAAUGUGUGUUUGUGUGGAUAGUCGUGUGGGUAUCUGUGGAAGUGGCUCUUAUCAGACCUGAUAUUACUGUGCUGAUAAAUAUUAAGACUUAGGCAGAACUGAACAAACAGCUUCCUAUUCUCCACCUCCAUCUCUCUCUCUGUCUCUCCUGCUCUCUGUGCUGUCAGGGAGCAUGUUGUCUAGUGUGUGUGGUGUAGCAUGUGUCGUAGCAUGCUGUCAGUAUGAACGCGUCUCAGGAAAGCUGUGUGGCAUCUCCCCCUUCUGAGAGAUCCCUGCUGAGGUCAAGGGUCACCGCCCCCUACAUUGCUGCCGAGCUCCUCAUCGCCAUCCUCUCCACCACUGGGAACCUCCUGGUCUGCCUCGCCGUGAUCCGCAACAGGAAGCUACGCACCGUCACCAACUACUUCCUGGUGUCGCUGGCGGUGGCGGACCUGUUUGUGGGUCUCCUCGCCAUCCCCUGUGCUGUCCUGACAGGGCUGGGCCUCCCCCACCACAACCUGCCCGUGUGCCUGCUCCUACUGAGCGUGCUCAUCGUCCUGACCCAGAGCUCCGUCCUCAGCCUGCUGGCCGUGGCGGCCGAGCGCUACGUGGCCAUCCUGCUUCCCCUGCAGUACCAGCGCAUCAUGAGCCCCCGCAACGCCCGCCUGGCGCUGGGGCUCACCUGGGCGCUGGCGUUGGUGUCCGGGGCCGUGCCCCUCAUGGGCUGGCACGACUCGCCGCCGCCCUCAAGGUUCUGCAUCUUUACCUGUGUGGUGAACAUGAGCUACAUGGUCUACUUUAACUUCUUUGGCUGCGUGCUGGUGCCCCUGGUGGUGAUGUUCGGCAUCUACGGUCGCAUCUUCAUCACGGUGAGACAGCACCUGAGACGCAUCGCAGACCUCCGGGGCCUGGCUGGGCAGGGGGCUGGGGCAGGGGCAAGGUCUGGGGCUGGGUCAAACGAUAGGGCACUUGGGGCCGGGGCAAGUGGUGGUGAAACAGAAACGGAGGUAAGGGCCGGGUCUGUAGACGUAGCUGGGUCUGGAGGAGGUGGACUGGGGCCAAGAGCUGAGUUGCCCUUGGAGGGAGAAUGCACAGAUGUUACCCAGGUUUACAGUGAAGAUGGAGUGGUUGUAGGUGAGAAUGAGAUGACCCACCACAGGCCUUCUGAGGGGGGCACUGUGGCUUGGGGUAACAAAGUGAGGUCUGGUUCUGGAACCAGUUCUGGUUCUAAGUCCAGCUCUGGUGGUGUGAUCCAGCUUGGCGUUGCCCGCGACGCCAAGAGACCCCUGCGCAUGCGUAGCGAGAGGAGGAAGGCCACCUCUCUCUUCCUCAUCCUCUUCCUCUUCAUGCUGUGCUGGCUGCCGCUCCACUGCAUCAACUGUGUGCUGCUUCUGUGCCCGAGCUGUAACGUGCCCCUGCCCGUCAGCCUGGCGGCCAUCUUGCUGAGUCACGCCAACUCCGCCCUCAACCCGCUGCUCUACGCCUACCGGAUGAGGUCUUUCAGACACACCCUCAAGACGAUGUGUCUCUGUCAGUGGCACCAUGGCAACAGAGAAGGACAGAGCACCCUUAGGGAGACACAGUGACCCUGUGACCUCUGACCUCCGGCCUUGACGCUGUGACCGACAGCUGGACAGAUACAGA